UCUGGGCGAGUCCCGCCGGCAGUGCAGGAGGAGGGAGCCCGGGAGCCCGGGUGGGAGCCAGGCCGCGGGCGGGGUGCGGGCAGUGGGCGGCGGGCGGCCCGGGAGCCCCGCGCUCCGCCUCUCCAGGCUCCGGCUCCCAUCGCUGCGUCCGGAGCCCCGCACCCAGGCGGGCCCAGCAACCAUGGCCCAUUACAAGACCGAGCAAGACUGGCUGACCCUCUACCUGAAGUAUUUACUGUUUGUCUUUAACUUCUUCUUCUGGGCGGGCGGCGUCACCGUCACGGCCGUGGGCAUGUGGACGCUGCUGGAGAAGAGCGGCUACCUCGGCGUCCUGGCCUCCAGCACCUUCGCCGCCUCUGCCCACAUCCUCAUCUUCGCGGGCGCGCUCGUCAUGGCCACCGGCUUCCUGGGCUUUGGCGCCAUCGUCCGGGAGCAGAAGAGCUGCCUGUCCAUGUAUUUCUGCCUGUUGUUUGUCAUCUUCCUCGUUGAGCUGGUGGCGGGAGUCCUGGCCCACGUGUACUACCAGAGGCUGAGUGACGAGCUGAAGCAGCACUUGAACUGGACUCUGACUGAGAACUACGGGCAGCCCAGAGCCACGGAGAUCACAGCCUCCGUAGACCGUCUACAGCAAGACUUCAAGUGCUGCGGGAGCAACAGCUCGGCUGACUGGCAGCACAGCACAUACAUCCUGUCGCAGGAGGCCGAGGGCCGCCGGGUGCCUGACAGCUGCUGCAAGACGGUGGUGGCUCGCUGCGGCCAGCGGGCCCACCCCUCCAACAUCUACAAGGUGGAGGGAGGCUGCCUCACCAAGCUGGAGCAGUUCCUGGCCAACCACCUGCUGCUCAUGGGGGUGGUGGGCAUCGGCGUGGCUUGCCUGCAGAUCUGCGGGAUGGUUCUCACCUGCUGCUUACACCGGAAGCUCCAGCGGCACUUUUACUAAUGACCAACCACGUCCCCUUCCAACUGCCCCUCUCAAAGACAGGUGCCCACAUCCCAUCUGCCAGGCCUGCAGAGUCAGCACAGCUCAACCAGGACCACAGGCUCCCUGUGCUCUGUGUCCAGCUCCUGCAGACCCACCAAGUGCCUGGACCCAAGCUCCUGCUGUUCCCACCCAGGCAGGGACC